CAACUCAAUGGACUCAAAUUCCAAAUUAGUGCUGAACUUGAGCUAAGCCUUUGGUCUUACUUGGUCCACCCCUAUUUGAAAUAAGUUAUUUCUCUGAGUAACAAAUCAUUCUUCCUUUCAGUGUGUGUAUAUAGAACAGAUAAUAUUGUAUAUCUUUCUUCUUGAUUUGUGUUAUGAACCUUAUGGAUAUGUAUGAGACAAAAAUUUAUCAAAUGGCAAACCAGAAAGAUUCUCCUUCACUUCACUAUGUAAUUGGCAUUUGUUGACUGCAAGUCAGAUAACUUUGCAUACAAAUACACUCGUUGUAAAAAGUUAGAUUUCAUUAGAAAGAGAUUAGAUAUGUCCUUCAAGUUGACACUUUCUCAUGUCUUGUAUUAAUUUUUAGUAUAUUACUUCAAACCUUUCUGAGAUCUCUCUCACAACACAAUGGGUUGGUUUUGGUUUUGGUUUCAUUUGCUUUGCUGUCGUUAUCAGAAUUUUCUGUGCAGCUCAAGUUCAGUCUGACUGCCCUUAAUUGCUUGGCUAUUGAAGUCCUUUCGACUACAAUCGAAGGUCGUUUUCUCAGAUUUUUUUAUUGAGACUAAUGAGAAACAUGGUUCAGAAACUGGAAGCUAUCAAGGGCGGUGAAGGAUCCAUCAGAGUUGGCACUACUGGAACAAUCAGUGCUCUGAUGACUAGGGAAUUGGAAUCCGAUAAAUCUGCACCGCAGACCCCAAGAUCUCAUCCUGUUUCGGUUCCCUGUGGUACUUCUUCUACUAAAAGAUAUCAAUCAAGGAAAUCAUUAGAUGUAGCAAGCACAAGUUGCAGCAGCAAUGACACUAUCCAUAGAAGCCAGGAAAUUCCCCGGAAAACAAAAAGCUACAAUAAAGGUACUCAUCUAAUCCCAAUGCUGGCCUCUGAUAGCAUUUCUUCAGGUAGAACUCCUGAUUUGCAGAAAAUUGACAAGAAAGCAUCUAAUAUUGUGGAAAUUGUGGACAUAAAAUGUGGGCAUCCAGAAAGAGCAUGGGCUAGCCCUAAAACUCAUAAACUGAAGAAACUUGGAUUCUCAAAAUUAUCCGAGAGUGCUGGCUAA